AUGUUUUACUAUUUCGGAAACCAGAAGAAGGGCGCUGCUCGUGACAUUUAUUCUUUCGAAAAUGAGUGCAAUCAAUCGAUUGAUCAGAAUAUUCCUCGGCUCGAAAUGAUGGAAGAACAAGAAAUGACGGAAGAAGAAGAAAUCAUAGAAAAUGACUUUGAGGAUCUCGAUAAGGAAGUCAAAAAACUUAAAUCAUGCAAGACAUUUGAAGCGCUCCCGGAAAAUUGGAAAACAAAUGAAUCUUGGGAGGUUGGUUUCAUCGAAGCGCCGAAAUGUCCAGAAAAAGAACUGAUAAUAAUCGUCAACACUGCCCAUAAAAAUCGGGGAAAUCGACUUCUUCUUCGCCGAUAUUUCGAAGAGCUGGAGAAGAAGCAAAUAAAUUUCGCGUAUUUCUUCCUUCUCGGAAAAUCAGAAACCCCGAUAGAAAACGAAAACGACUGGAUCAUCGGCGACUUCGACGACACUUACGACAAUCUCAUUCUGAAAACGAAAUCUUCUUAUGAGUACUUUGAGCGAUUCUGCGGCUCGGCAAAGUUUUAUCUUUUGAUUGACGACGAUGUUGCUUUUUACCCUGCGAAAAUUAUUGAGAAAUUGGGAGAGGAAGGAGCAAAAGAUACUAUUUUAGGCAAAAGAUGGAAUAAAGCAAAAGCGCACAAUCAUCCCUGGCUGAAAGAAAAGGGAAUAACAAUUUCGGAAGAUCAGUGGGCGAAGCAGUUCUGGCCGGACUACAUUGCUGGUCCUUGCGCGUUCAUGACAGCGGAGAGUGCGAGAAGCAUGGCAAAUGUUGCUCAAAUGACAAAAAAGCUCUCACAAUCCCUAUUGAAGACGUGGCUUUCAACGGAAUCCUCCGAGAAAAAGCCUGCCUCGACCUGA